AUGAGCACAACUAUUUCAUCGGAAAUUGAGUGUCCUGAUAAUGAAGAGUACAACGAAUGUGGUAGUGCUUGUCAAGAAAAUUGUACUCAUACACCAACAUUUUGCACACUUCAAUGUGUUCCAGGAUGCUUUUGUAAAAAAGGCUUUGUACGUGAAACUGAUGAUAAAAGCAAAUGUGUACCACGUUCUCAGUGUUCCUGUCCUAUAAAUGAAUAUUUCAACGAAUGUGGAUCAGCUUGUCCGGAUACUUGUGCAGCUAGAUUUCAAUCAUGUACUAAACAGUGUGUACCUAGUUGUGUCUGCAAGGAUGGUUUUAUUCGUUUAAAUAAUCAAACGGAUAGUCCAUGCAUUCCUGAAUCAGAAUGUAACAAUUCUUUAUGUUAUGAUCUCAAUGCAGAGUAUACAGAAUGUGGAUCAUCAUGUCCACAAACAUGUAAUGACGAGCGUAAUCCAAUUCGAAAAUUUCGACUUUGUUUAGCCGUAUGCCAGAGUGGUUGUUUUUGUAAGAAGGGUUUUGUUCUUGGAGAGAAUGAGCAAUGUGUUAAACCGGAAACUUGUUGCCAAACAAUCAAUGGAUUAUAUAACACAUGUGGUACAGUUUGUCGACAAACAUGUACAAACAAGAACAGCUUAUACUGUCUUCUUCCAUGUGUUUCUGGCUGCUUCUGUGACAAAGACUACAUACGGAAAAGUAAUGAAAUAAAUAGUCCUUGCAUUCUCAAAACAACAUGUUAA